UGAAGCUUUGCGACGUUUGCCCGCGAUUAUCGCCUGUGCCUCUGUCGUCCAGAAUUUGCUGUCACAACUGUUGAAGUUUUAAGUUGAACGACAACUUGAAGUAGGAUACAACGAUCACAGCAGCAAGAACAAUUAUUCUACGAAACAAAUGAAAUAUCCAGCAAGCGAAUGGACAUCACUAACCCGCUAUUGUUUGCAGUAGCUCUGGAUCGUUGACUUUGGCUGUGGUUUAUAUACACUGUUUGAUAAUAGGUCUCGAAACAAGGGAGGAUGUGUUGUUGUGUUCAUUUUUAAACUUGUUCCGCUUGCCUCCGUCGGAUCUACCUGGCAUUAUUAUGGCUAAUUGUUGCUGAUCUGUAACAGCAGGAUCAACAACAACAACAACAUCAACGACUACGGUAAAAGUGAGAACAAAAGUUGUGCCACCCGUCUUACUGCGCGUGGGCGCUCGAGUUGCCGCGUCUAUUUACGAAUUUUUUAAAAUAACAAAAAAGUUGAACCAAUUGGCAAGCAGUGAAAAGUUUCAAGGGUAUAAUCAUAAAAGACUAACAGGUACAGUCUUCUCAGUAUUAGGUGAACACUAGAUAACAAUCAGAGCUGUGCCUGCUCCAAUCCCUCCGCAGUACAACAGAAGCCUGCGCUAAGAGAAAGGAUUCCAGUUGCGAUAUAGUUCCUAUAAAAACUCAAUUAUUCAGCGGAACAGUGCUGGGGCUCGUAUUUGCGUUAGUGCGUCCUUGAUGAGCACCGAUAGUACAAAGAAAAAACGGAAGCUCUCGUCAGUGCAUUAAACGUCACAAAGGGUCACAAUAAAAUUUACAAAAUGGCCAUUUUAAGGCUAGCCAACACCUUCAUAAAAUAGAAAAUAGCGCAGGCUUUUCUGCAAACGCAUAUCUCGUAAUAACUUUGAAUGUCAAUUACAGAAAACGAAACUUGCGGACGUCGUAGUCGAAAUAAAAAUGAAAAAAAAAAACUCGACAUUAUAGGCGUAAUACACCGGCCCAAUUUCAUUAUACAAAGCAAGCACAUCUUGAGCGAGUUUAAACAACGUUCCGGCGGGAGAAACCACAAGUUUCUGGUUCAACUUUCUCGGAGCACGGUGUCGUAACCUUGUCUACGUGUAGACUGACGAAAGUAAGCAACGAAUAAUAGACAAAGCUCAAUCUGAAAUAGCAAAAAGUUUUCGUUUGACUCUCGCACCCCGAUGGCACGGGCUAAACAAAUACAAAAAGUAGAGAGAAAACCGCACUUUGACUGAACACUCGGCCUGACAGGUGUAAUAACCGUGCGUGGCCAAACGAUAUCUCCGAAAUUGUUAUCACAAAAAUAUGCGAACAAAGUAACGGCGACGGUUUAAAGACUGCAACCAAAAAAAGCCCUCGCAGCUCUCAAGAGUUCCCUUUCUAUCUCCCUCUUCCUCAAGUGAAGUCAAUGCAUUUGAUCGAUUGACAUAAGAAAAAAGAAAGUUACGAAACAUGGACACGUUGGCUGAGCGAUACCAAUGUGAUAUCUACGUUGUCAGUCUGAUCGUAGAAUUGGAUCUUGACCGACGCGGUGAGGCGACUGCCUAAGGCGGGUAUAUUUGAAAGCGCUUCACUGUGAACUGCGCUGAUGCCGACCUGCCGUCACCGGCGCAGUGUUAACAUGUGCAGAUGCCAGAGAAAUUUUCUGAAAUAACGGCAACUAAAUAUCUGAGCAAAAAAGGAUCGAAUCGUUGACAUCAACAGGGUGAGGCGCAGGAAGACGUAGUGCUAUAGACGAGCAAAACUCAAGCGGACGAAAUUAAGCACAGAUUGUUAGACGCAGCGUAAGGAAAAGAAACAAUGAAAACGACGGAUUCGGUCCUACCUCUGCUCAACAUCCCCACCGUGGUCAAUUUCCAAAUGCAGCUUGGCCUUCAGAAAGAUACGGUGACCAUCGAGAUCGCGGAGCUAAAUCUCAAGUCACUCAAAGAUCUUGCGUGUAACUUCGUCGACCGUAAGGUCCCCGAACAUGGACUAAAUCGAUUGGCUGAACGUUUAAUACUACUUCGUCACGACUAUUCUUCAGAUAAUAUACUUCUACCUAUUAACUGCAUUUCGGAUAUCAACGAAGGUACGCUUGUUGAGAUCGUCCUUUCGGCAAGAGAACUUUCUGAAAACAAUGUUGAGAUUCGGCCGCACGCACUCUCCGUACAUUCAUACAAAUCACCGACAUUCUGCGAUUUCUGCGGAGAGAUGCUCUUCGGUUUAGUUCGACAAGGCCUAAAAUGUGAAGGCUGUGGACAGAAUUACCAUAAGCGGUGCGCCUAUAAAAUUCCCAAUAAUUGUACACACAUCAAACGACGUCGGUCUUCAUUCAGCUGUAUGCUCUUCUCUCCGACAAGAGCAACAGCCGGAACCGAUAUCUUCUUCAAGGAAAGGAACACUGUACAGCGAACGACUUCCGCCGCUCCUUUUAUCGACGAUCACAAUGCAUUGCUAUCGACACUAAAUCUCAAAGAAAAGCGGCCAUCGCUCAAUAUGGGAAGACCGGCAUGGGUGGAAAAAGAGCUCGCUAACAAAACUCGUAUCCCACAUACAUUCUUGGUGCACUCCUAUGGAAAACCAACGGUAUGCCAGCACUGUCGUAAGCUGCUCAAAGGCCUUUUCCGACAGGGUUUGCAAUGUAAAGAUUGCAAGUUCAAUGUACAUAGAAAAUGUCUUGACCGAAUCCCUAUGGAUUGCCCCGGUGAGGCGGAAUGGUCAAACGAAGAACCAGCUGAGGCUGAAGGUCAGGAAGGCAACGAUGGAACCGAUAGCGUGGAAUAUGCCCAAGAUGACAGCGAAGAAGAAACAGAGACGUUUGGCAACAAUCCCAUUCUGCACAUUACGCCACCGAAUGCCGUACCCAAACAUCUUGAGAGGGUCCUACAAGCGUGUGGUUCGCAGGACUCCGGUUCGGAGGAAGAGCCCCGGGCGACGAAUGACGGUCAGAAUGCAAAUAAUAUCCCGCUUAUGCGAAUUGCACAAUCAAUCAAGCACACGAAGAAAGGCGGGCAAAGCAUCCUUAAAGAGGGCUGGCUGAUGCACUAUACGAACAAGGAUUCAUUGAAGCGAAAGCACUUUUGGCGACUUGACACCAAAAUGCUAACACUCUACCAGAACGAGGAAACAAGCAAGUUCUUCAAGGAAAUUCCACUCGAUGAUGUGAUCUUGAUCGAGAUAUGUAAGGAUAAUGUAAAUCACGGUCAAUACUGCCUCGAGUUAAGGACCAAGAACUGUAUCUACUAUUUCGGUUGCGAUAAGGAUAUCAGUUGGGAAGUGGCCAUUCGUCAGGCCCUGCUGCCGCUAAUGGCGACCAAUGAUAAUGUUAAGCCAGAAGACAAAGACGAUGAGGAUGAUCCUUCCCAGGAUAUAAGUCUACACUAUCAGAUCCACCCGGAAGAAGUACUUGGGUCGGGGCAAUUCGGUAUUGUUUACGGGGGCGUGCACCGUAAAAAGCUCCGGAAGGUCGCCAUCAAGGUGAUCGACAAACUCCGGUUCCCGCACAAAGAGGAAGCUGCUUUAAAAAACGAGGUUCAGAUUUUGCAUAAUAUUCAACACCCAGCCAUCGUUAAUCUUGAGAGAAUGUUUGAAACUCCAGAACGCGUGUUCGUUGUAAUGGAAAAACUGAAAGGCGAUAUGCUAGAGAUGAUCCUCAAUUCACCUCAGAGUCGUCUACCAGAGCGAACGGCGAAGUUUCUCAUCUAUCAGAUUUUAGUCGCGUUGCGCCAUCUGCACUCACGUAACAUUGUUCACUGCGAUCUCAAACCUGAAAACGUUUUGCUGUCGACGGACUCACCAUUCCCUCAGCUCAAGUUGUGCGAUUUCGGUUUUGCUCGUAUCAUUGGCGAGAAAUCGUUCCGUAAAUCGGUUGUUGGAACUCCAGCCUAUCUCGCCCCAGAGGUUCUACGAAAUAAGGGUUAUAAUCGCCUGCUUGACAUGUGGUCUGUUGGGGUUAUCAUAUACGUAACACUAUCUGGUACGUUCCCGUUCAACGAAGACGAAGAUAUCAACGACCAAAUUCAGAACGCCGACUUCAUGUAUCCACCGCAGCCAUGGCGAGAGAUAUCUAAGGAAGCAAUUCACCUUAUUAGCUGUCUCCUUCAGGUAAAAGUAGCAAAACGUUAUACUGUCGAUAAGUCGCUCGCACAUUCGUGGAUUCAAGAUUACCAGAUGUGGCUUGAUCUGAGACGACUUGAAACAGAAGUCGGUAUUCGGUAUCUCACUCACGAAUCAGACGAUGAUCGCUGGGAGAAACAUCGACAGGCGAACAAUCUUGAGAUACCGCCACUGCCGCCGCCUGUGUUUGACUAUUCCAACACGUCCAGACUCACCGCUCAUGCAUCUGAUCUUAAUUCGAACAACAAUAGCGGCCUAUUGAAGUCCAAUCUCAGCAGUACUCACUCACAGCAGUCGCUGCAUCAGAUGCUCUCUGUACAGCCCGAAAUUAGCUAGCCUGCCCCGAUGCCAGCCCCACGAUCAGCUUCAAUUGCAACAAACUUCACAAUAUCUGUUUGAACUAUGCCAGGAUAAAGAAGCGUAAUAAAUCGCUACUACUUUUAUCAUACGUAUUUCUUCAAACUCUUCAUCAUCUUCAUCGGAAGUCAUCAUAAUAGAUUUACUAAGACGCGUUGUUCGCUUUACACUGUUCCAAACAACAACCUAUUUUCAGUCGCUAACAGAGUAAUUUUGGCGAUAAUCAGUGCUGCGACUAUCUAUUUGCUUCGUUUACUAGUACUGAAUAAUACACGACAACAAGGCGUCAAAGUUAUCUGCAGCCUCCCCCAAAGCCAGCUUAAGAUUACGGGUAGAUUUUUGUUUUAUCGCCAUAAAGCUGGGUUCCGCAAAUUUAAUUUAAUAUAGCAUAGCUUUGCCAUACUUAAUCAGCGCACUCAAUUACCUCAAAAGGCAUAAUAGGGGCUGCUUCUGCAGGUGCUACAACGGCUAUGUCUUUUCAUACCUGUGAGUGGUGAAGACUGUUGCGUCUGAGGGGAUAGGUGUACGAGGACAGCCUGCAGCAGGAAUGCUACUGCAAGAAGCAAGAUGCAAAAAACGAAAAGGACCAUCAAUAACACCAAACUUGACCUUAAACACGUUAACUUUGUACCUUCGCGAGCGACUUGUCGCAAUCAUACUGACGCGUCAUGGGAUAACAGCAUUUUAACGCGUACAUGUAGGUGAUGUGUAUAAACGUGAAUUGAAGCUAUGCGAGUUAGCUUGGAGGGCCUAUGGAACUCCUCCAGGCUCCCACACGAACCAGCCUUCUACAUCAGUAUGAGUACUUAAAUAGGUGCAUUAAAUAUGGUAAAAACAUGGUUGAUCCAGAUGUUGUAUGUUGUCGAAUAGGCUCACGUUCCCUUUGCUCAUGACUAGAGAUCUAAGGGGUUAGCGUAACACCGUUAUUGCUAAUUCAAUUUACAAAAUCGUGUGCAGAAUAGAAGUACAUUGCGGUCUCGUUAUUAGAGAGCGGCACUAAAUUACAACCAGUGAUUUUGCCUAUUGUACAGUGAUCGGUUGAACUGGAACUUGCACGUUGGAAUAAAUCAAUAUAACAAUUUUUUCGCAUUGAACGUUAAAGAAAAACAGCUGUAGUUAGCAUCGAUAGGCGUAUCGGCAAAAAAAGAUUAUACUGGGGAAGCUUCGAACGGUAUUAGGAUACUGUAAUAUAUAUAUAUAUAUAUAUUACAGAACCUAGACGAUCCGCCGUGCCGGAA